UGAUAGGGAAGGGGCGGGGCUAACGGUGGCCCAAUCGCCUCCCUCCCUUGCUUUUACAGUGCAACACUUCAGAAGAGCCAGAGAAAGGUUUGGGAAGCGGGCGGCUCGGCUCGGGAUUGUUUCCCCGGUUAGCGAAAAGAAUUAAAGCAAAAAAGAUGAAUGUUGGGGUUGCUCACAGUGAAGUCAAUCCCAACACGAGGGUCAUGAACAGUCGAGGAAUGUGGCUCACGUACGCCCUUGGAGUUGGUUUGCUUCAUAUUGUCUUGCUCAGCAUUCCUUUCGUCAGUGUUCCAGUGGCUUGGACCUUAACUAAUAUUAUUCAUAAUUUGGGAAUGUAUGUAUUUUUGCAUGCAGUAAAAGGAACACCUUUUGAAACACCUGACCAAGGUAAAGCAAGAUUGCUGACACACUGGGAACAGCUGGAUUAUGGCGUACAGUUUACAUCAUCACGAAAAUUCUUCACAAUCUCACCGAUAAUUUUGUAUUUCUUGGCAAGCUUCUACACCAAAUAUGACCCAACACAUUUCAUUCUGAACACCUCUUCUCUCUUGAGUGUGCUUAUUCCCAAAUUGCCACAGCUGCAUGGAGUUAGGAUCUUUGGAAUCAACAAAUAUUAAGCAGGAGAUGGGCAGUAUGAGAAUUUUGAUCAAAAUAUGGCCUGGUUUGAUCCUUGUCCUUGACAGAAAGAACAGCCUAUACUAUGUAUUAUUAGAUAAGUUUCACAUCUCUUUGAAGACUCUAGUGCAAAGAUGCUGAUGCUGUUCUUUACAGGAGAAUCAGAGACCAUCAGAAGAUAUACUGAUCUUGAAGAGUCAUCUUUGGAGCACAGGUUUUUUGUAAAUAGCUGGGCAGGCCUAGCUCUCCUAAGGUAAACAGUGUUGACUGGAAAUAGGCUGAAGUAACAAGAGAAAUGAAAAGGGAUACGAAACAUUGUAGUGACUCACUGUUGUAAUCUUUUACAAGUAAGUCAGCAACAGUAAGGAAGGAGUAGAGGGGAGGAAAUAGCGCAAUUCUUUGCUUUACAGACUUCAAUCAGUUAUCAUUUGGGGUCAUUUGUUUGUUUGGCUAAUUUUAGGGCACAAUUUUUCUACCCAGCUUCAGGUGUUAUAAAGUUAAUGAGUUGCUGUGAUUUUCAUGCCUUAUCUAUUCAUGAGUCUUUAAAUCAGAGUGACUUUUCCAGUGUGAGAUCUUCGAACUCUAGGGAAUGACAUGUCAACUUUUCAGGGGUUUUAUAUACAAUUAAGCUGAUUGGUAUCAUGCGACUUGUUUUCCAGAAGUAGGUGGUUAUUCUCAUUCCAGUGUAUCUGAAAAAAACUUUCCUCAUAAACAAAAGAAAAUUCCUAGUCUCAGAAAUAACAAAAGCUAUUAAAUAGACUGGAAUCUCUGGCCUAUUAAUUCACAAUGAGAGCUGUAAUCUGUUAGGAAAAUUCUAGGAAAGGUAGUAAUUUUUAAUAGAAACUUUAUGUGACAAGAAUUUCAAACAUCAAGCAGAGUAUAACUUGUUCUCAUUGUGGAGCAGAUUUGAAGAAGAUUUGGAAGAAGUGCUUUGGGCCUCAUAGAAAUGCAGCACUUCAUUUUUUAUUAUAUAGUAACCUGAAUAUUCCAAAGCAAGACUAAAAAAAACCCUCUGCUUUAUGGAAUCCGCUCAUUAAAUUUAAUGUGACUUAUAAAGUGAUCCAUGGGGGAGCAAUAUAGAAGGAUGGACAGCUUUUACCGAUAAUGGAGAAAUAGUGUGCUUGACUGAGGUCUGCUAAUGCUUCUUCCAGAUCGUUUUCAAAGCAUGCACAAUUGAAUCACUGUUUCUACAUUGAAAGGAACUUAUUAGGAAUUCAACACAGAGUUGUGUUUUAUAUCUAGCAUUGUUGAGUUUUGGAGCCUUUUAAGGUCCUAGUUUCAGAAAUGUUCGAUCUUGCCUAAUGUUGACAGCAGAAAAAUAAUGGGUUAUUGAACAUGAUUAAACUAGCCAGUAGUAACUCUGCUUAGCUGCUUCUCUAUCCACAAAGACCCUUGAAGUUAGUGCAGUGGUGAUUGUGUCCUCUGAGUAAGAACUGGCUUCUUUCAGAUAAUUACAGUUUCUCCCUGACCUUGCUUCUUGAAAAAUAUCUUUUUAAAAUAUUCAUAUUUUAUAAUAAUAAACUGAAUGACUUUGA